CAUUGAGCGAGAUAAUCAGGUGACUUUAGGUCAAAGGUGACAUUCGACCCGCUCCCCUCCCACCCCUGACGAGCGAACAUUUCAGAUUGGUGGAUUUCUUGGCGAGGUUUUGACCGCGAUUUGAUCGCCAGAUAACGCUGUUUAGACGUCGUCUGGUACAAAAACAGACCAUGUCUCUGAGUGACCUGGCCACCAAAGGUCUGUGUGGCCUGUGUAAGGAGGUCUCCCUGUCCGUACUGCCCAGGCUCUACAUGGAGGAGAUCAUGUUGGAGCUCGGCCGCCGUAACAUCGACGUACGCGGCGAGGGCGUCAGCAAGGACGACCUUGUAACCAUCCUAUACGAGCUCAUGACCUUGGAGUACCGCGAGAUCGAUAAGAUGCAGACCGUCGAAGAAACGGUCACGGCGGAAGACGACCAACUCAACACUCUUCCUCAACAGGAAAGUGAAGCAAUCCAGCUUGAAACUGUUGCUACUGAGCCUCUUGCUGGCCACGAAAUCCAAGCCGAAAGCACCGCGACCACGCUAAACGCGAUCUCUGAUCCCCAAGCGGGAGACGACAUUCACGAAAUCCACACCACGUUGGUCGACACCAACGGAAGCUGCUCUUUCAGGUACAUCACGACAAGCAUGGAAGACGGCAACGGCGAGAGCGUGACGGUGAGCGAAAGCAACAUUUCCGAACUGGAAGAAAUCAUGGAUACAAGCACCGACUUGGACCCGGCAGGAACCACAGACCCUAGGGCAGUACAACUCUCCACAGCUCCGCCCACCAAGACUUCAGCUGACCAGGCAGUGGCUUGUACCUCCACAGAGAGCACACUGUCAGGGAAUGAAGUCAGGUAUGUAGCGGUUAGGCCAUCCACCAUCUUGAAUAUGGCGUCUCAAGAGCAAGUACCAACGACGGCGGUACCCGUAGUGACCGUUGUGGUGCCGAGGAUCGGACAGAGCUCAGUGGAGAAGGAGGGAGUUUUGAAGAUGGAAGGAGGAAUGGGAGAUGAUGAUGAUGAUGAUGAUGGUAGCAACGAGGAUUUCUCACAAGAAGACAAGGAAGCAGCACAGGACUUGGUUUAUCUGUCUGUACCAGCCAAUGAGGACUCCUCAUCACAACCAGUUGUGAAGGAAGAAAACUUGGCCGCAGCAUCACCAUUGGACGAGACGACGCCCAAGAAGAUUCCCGUACGCGACCGGAAGACGAAGCGCUACACGUGUCCGCACUGCGAGGCGGUGUACUACAUGAAACACCACAUGGAUGUGCACAUCCGUAGGAAACACACGGGGGAGAAACCCUACAUGUGUGAUCGGUGUGGCAUGAGGUUCUUUGAGAAACCAAAGAUGGAGGACCAUAUCCGUACCCACACCGGAGAGAAGCCGUUCAAGUGUAAAGUCUGCGGACGUGCUUUCAAAGACUACUCCAACCUGAACACACACAGACGUCUGCACACGGGAGUGCGACCGUACAAGUGCAAAUACUGCAGCUACGCCGCCAACGUGUCCGGUGACCUGGUCAAACAUGAGAGAACGCACACUGGCGAGCGACCGUACGCGUGCGAGACUUGCGGCCGUGCCUUCGCCGACAAGUCGGCCUGGAGAAGGCAUAACAAGAUCCACACGGGUGAAAAGCCGUUCCGAUGUUUUUGCGGAUAUUCCACGAGUAGGAAGUGCAAUUUCAUGACUCACGCAAAGAAACAUCCCGGAGUCACUAUACUAGAAGGGCAACAUAAAGGAAAAGAGGUGGUUUUUGAGCCUGUCGAAUCCAUGCUUUAGCAUCUGGUUCCAUGUACUUACAAAUGUAAAAUUGGCGAUGAAACAUUCUGAUAGGUGAAAUUUGGAAUAAAAAGUGUGUACUGAAAUAUCUUGUUCCAUGAACCAUGUGCAUGUAAGUAUGAAAUUUGGAAUGGAAAAUAUCUACAUGCUUAUGCAAAUCUGUGAACUUUGGAAUGGAAGAAUGUGCCUCCACUGUGAUAUUUGGUUCCAUGUACAUACAACAUGUGAAAUUUCCAUGCUUCUGUUUCAUGAACCAUGUACAAACUAAAACAUGAAAUUUUUAAUUUCAAAUUUUCAUAUAUCCAUAUCUUGUUCCACAUACACACGUACUAUGGUUGUACAUAUUUGUGGAAUGGAAUUAGGAAUGGAAAAAAUUCCAUGUGUACAGCCAUGCAGAUGUGUGAAAUUUGCAGUGGAAAAUUUCUUCUGUACCUGUACACACAUGCACAUCAUGUGAAAUUUUGAAAAAAUGUAUGAAAUUCGGUAUGAAAAAUUUCCAUACAUCCAUACAUAAUACUUGGUUCCAUGUAUACAAAUAUGUGAAUUUUGGAAUGAAAAGUUACCAUAUGUACAUUCAAAUGCUCAACAUUUGGGAGGAGGAUUUUCCAUUGUUUUUACACGUGUGAAAUUUGGCAUAGUGUAUCUUUGAACACAUGCUUUAGUGUCUUAAUUUUAGGAGUGUUGAGU